AGACAGCAGUCAACUGGGUGGUACUUUGACAUUACCACGGGUUACAGAAAGCCAUCAAGGUGUUUAUGUGUGUACAGCUAGCAAUGUCCAUGGUACAGCUCAAGCCCAGGCUCGAUUGUUGAUUGCAUCACGUCGUAGUCCACCUACUGCUCGUGUAGAACCAGAAAGACAAACUAUUAUGCAAGGCUCUUCUGGAGAGCUUAGAUGUAUUGUUAGUGGAAUACCUAAACCAACUGUUAGCUGGAGUAAAGUUGGUGCGGAUCUCUCUAAUCGCCAUAGGAUUGAAGAUGAUAAUUUAUAUAUAUCAGAUGUUACUGUUGAAGACAGAGGUCUAUAUGUUUGUCGAGCUGAAAAUAGAGAUGGGUCAGCUCAAGCUUCUGCUAUAGUGGAAGUUGAAAGAAGAGAAGUGCCAGCCAUUGAAUUAUAUCCUGAAGCUACUCAAGUAGUCUUACGUGGUGGAAGCACCUUAUUCCAAUGCAGAGUCACUGCAGGUAUCCCUACUCCCACUGUGGAAUGGAUCAGAGCAGAUGGCAGCCCUUUCACAAGCAGCACAGAAAUUCUGAAUGGUGGAGUAAUUAGGUUUAACAGGGUUACUGGUGAUGAAGAAGGAACAUACAUUUGCACUGCUGAAAAUUCCGGUGGUAGAGUUACUGCAAAAGCAGUUCUUCAGAUCCAAGGUGCACCAGUUGUACGUAUAAUACAAGCAAAUCCAUAUCGUGUGCGACCAGGAGAAACCAUCCGGUUUGAAUGCUUUUCUGAAGGUGAUCCAAGACCUUCUGUUUCUUGGAAAAGACUUGACAAGCCUUUCGCUUCAUAUACUCCUGCUGAAAGAGCUGAAGAUGGACAGGCUAUCCUAGAAAUUCGAAGAGUGUCUCAGCAGGAUUCUGGAGUAUAUAUCUGCCAAGCUCAAAAUACAGCAGGUGUUACCGAAGAACGUAUUCAACUGAUUGUGGAAGACAGUGAAUCUGUUGUGCCAGAAAUAAUGGUUGAAGACAGGGUUACUACUGCUGCUGUUAAUAGCAGCGUGGAAUUAAGAUGUUUUGUGAGAGGAACUGAUAGGGAUAUAUAUUUAAAAUGGACUAAAACUGAUGGUGGCCAAAUUCCAGCAAACCACAUACUACGGGAAGGAGUACUAUAUAUACCAAAUGUCCAGCCUGAGGAUGCUGGAGAAUAUUCCUGUUUAGGCAUUGUUGAAGGUGACGUUGUUCUUUUCACAGCCAAAGCCAGGCUAGCUGUUGUUGGAGUUUGGUCUAGAGCUCCUCCGAGAAUACAAUUGAAUCCACCUAGACAAACAGCUAGAAUUGGUGAUAUCAUUCGUAUACAAUGUACUGCAACUGGGGAUCAACCAAUUUCAAUAGACUGGAGCCGUAUAGGAGGAUAUUUGGCACCAAAUAUGGUUCAGUCAGGAGGAGAUCUGACAUUCCAAGGAAUUACAGCUAAUGAUGCUGGGAGAUACCUGUGUACCGCAGUUAAUGCUGCUGGUAAAGCUGAGGGAGUAGCUGAAGUAGUUGUAAAUGAAGAAACUCCCAUUGAUUAUGUUCGAAAAGAGCAAACAGCUUUUAUAGGUGCAAACAUCCAGUUGAAAUGUGCAGUAGCUGGUUCUCCAGCACCACAGUUAGAGUGGAGUAAAGAUGGAAGUCCCUUGCCAAAUAAUGCAAAAGUUAUCAACAAUGAAUUAUGGAUAAAGGACAUCCGAAUGGAGAAUGCAGGUCGAUAUAUUUGUACUGCUUCAAAUACUGCAGGUCGUACUAGAGAUUAUGUAACACUUAAUGUGCGAGCGGUCCCAACAUUAGAAGUGAACAUUGAAGCUAACAAAGAGAUUGUGAAUAUGGGUGAUACAUUGGAUUUACGUUGUAAAGUUACUGGUGAUGCUACAGCUUAUAUAUCUUGGCAAAAGGUUGCUCAAGAUGGGCCCCUGCCUGACAAUGUGAGGAUUCGAGGACCUGUUUUGGUUAUAAAUGGAGUAAUGCCUGAAAAUGGAGGUGUUUAUCGCUGCACUGUACAGAGUUAUGCUGGAUUAUUCACAGAUGAUUAUGUAUUAGCCAUACAAGUGGAAACACGGACAGCACCUUUUGGCUCCACUGUUGUCUUGGAUUGCAAAACUACACUAGAUCCGCCUGUUGCUUACACUUGGUAUAAACAAGGUGGUGUCUUGCCUUUGGAUGCAACACAGUCUGAAGGUUUGCUGACUAUCCCAGAUGUAAAAGGAGAGGAUGCUGGAACUUACAUCUGUUCUGCUAAAAGUCCCAUUGGAACAAUUGAUAUACCUACAAUAUUAAUUGUAACUGGGGUUGUUCCAUAUUUCUCUCAAACUCCAUUGUCAUACAUGAAGAUGCCAACAUUACCUGAUGCCUAUCUCAAUUUUGAAGUGGAAGUUGCUUUUAAACCUGAGAGUAUGAAUGGUCUUUUGUUGUACAAUGGUCAGAAACGAGACCAGGGAGAUUUUAUUUCUUUGACACUGAACAAUGGCUAUGUUGAAUUCAGAUUUGAAUUAGGCUCUGGUCCUGCAAUUUUACGAAGCCGUGAACCUGUUGAACAAGGAAAAUGGCAUAUAGUUCACAUUUCACGGGAAAGGAAGAAUGGAGUUUUGAAUGUAGAUGAUCAACCUGAAGUAACUGGAUCUGCACAAGGAAGAUUCUUAGGGUUAGAUUUAGUGGAACCAAUGUACAUAGGAUCUGUUCCUGAUUUUGGUGCUAUCGAACAAAAUGCUGGUGCUACUCGAGGAUUUAUUGGCUGUAUCAGCCACUAUAAAACAGGAAAAGUUGUCCAUAAUUUAUUGAGAGAAGCUGAAGCUUAUGGUAUAUCUACUUGUGAAACAUGUUCUGCAAAUCCUUGUCUACAUGGCGGGGUAUGCCAAGAAGCACUGACUAUUGUAGGUUAUAAUUGUAUUUGUCCACCUGGUUUCUCUGGGCGUGACUGUGAAAGAGUUGGUGAAGCUUGUUAUCCUGGAGUUUGUGGUGAAGGCCGCUGUAUCAAUAGACCUGGUGGAGGUUUUGAUUGUUACUGUCCUCUUGGUAGAACAGGAGUACGCUGUGAGAAAGAUAUAAUUAUUGUUGAACCUGCUUUCUCUGAUGAUGCUUACAUUGCUUAUCCUACACCAAAAGCUUUGAGGACUUUGAAAAUGAAUAUGAAAGUCAAGCCACACAAUACAGAUGAUUGCUUAAUAGCUUAUUGUGCUCAAUCAGAAGAUGGAUCUGGAGAUUUUACUUCUAUAGCUAUAAAAAAUAAGAGUGUAGAAUUUAGAUUUGAUAUGGGAUCAGGUCCUGCAAUAAUUCGUAGUCCAGAACCUAUUCUUGCUGAUGAAUGGUUAAGUAUUGUAGCCGAACGUGAUAUGAGAGAGGGCUCUCUUAUUGUAAAUGAUGGUAUAGCAUCGAAAGGUAUGUCUCCUGGUGUUGCAAGAGGAUUGAAUCUUCAUACUCCAUUCUAUGUUGGAUCAGUCGAUAAACACCGUGUAUCUGUAUCUCCUUUUGCUGAGGUUCAGCAUGGUUUUGAUGGAUGUAUUGCUCAUGUUGAGGUGAAUGGAGUUGAAAUUGACCUUGUAAAUUCUGCCAUCGAUGCAGCGAAUGUUGAAGAUUGUGGUGGCAAGACCCCAUGUGAAAAGAAUCCAUGUUUAAAUGAUGGCACAUGUGUUGAAGACGAUGGUUCACCACAAGGCUAUGUGUGUGAAUGUCUUGAAGGAUAUAGUGGCACCAACUGUGAAAUAGAGACCGAUUUAUGCAGCUUAAUUGAUCCAUGUAAAAAUGGGGGUACAUGUUCUGGAUCAGGAAAUUCAUAUAAAUGCAACUGCCCUCUUGGCUACAAAGGAACAAAUUGUGAAGAAGUAUCAACAUUCAGUGACAGAGCCUAUUUUAAAGGCGAUGGGUAUAUCGCUCUUGAUGACAAAUUGUUGCCUCACACAGAAGCAACAAAAACUGAAGUUAUUAGCUUCAGUUUUACAACAACUAGUCUUGAAGGUCUCCUUUUAUUCCAUGGCCAGAAACCAGAAAGUGAUGGCAAGGGGCAAGAUUACUUGGCAAUAGCUGUGGUUGACGGUUAUUUUGAGUUCAGUUUUGAACUUGGUGGAGGACCAGCUCAAAUUAAAUCACCUGUUAAAGUCAAUGAUGGUAAAAUUCACAGUGUAGCAUUGAAAAGAACUGGCAAACAUGGAAGUUUUAUAUUAGAUGAUCUUCAUCAACAGUUAGGAAUAUCUCAAGGAAUUUUACAAAUGCUCAACACAGAUGGAGAUAUCUAUAUUGGUGGUGUGCCAAAUCAUCUGCGUAUGACAGCUGGAAAAUAUCCCCAAGGUUUGAUUGGUUGCUUAUGGGAUUUGCGUAUUGAUGAUUCAGGUACUAUCAACCUAUACAGCAGUGCAAAAGUUGGUGCAAAUGUGCAGGACUGUGAAGAAAGUGAAGCAAGUGGAGAAUAUUUGGAUGAACUAGAAGAAAAUUUUGUACAGAAAUAAUUAAAUGUAGGAAGUUCUAGCCACACAGAAUUGGACUGCUAAUAUAACUUGAACUUUCUAUUGAAAGGAAUAUCAUGUAGGAAAAGACUUGAAUUGGCUAGAAUUAAAACCAAUGUUCAUCUGAAGCAUUUUCAUUAAAUAUAUGCAUUUUAUGCAUGAAAGCUGCUAUGUGAGGACAAGAACUGGCUUUGAUUUAACUUUUUAAGGCAGCACCAUCUUGAAGUUUACAGUUAGCAUAUUUUGAAGACUGCUAAGGUAGUGAAAUAAAGAAUAAGUAUCAUCAUACCACGAACAUUACUUUCAACUAUAAUUUUCUUUUUUUUUGUUAAUGGGAAAUUAUGAAAAUCUCUUUUUAAUUUUAUUUAAACACAAAUGUGUUCAAAUGAUAUUUGGUACAAACUGUUUUAAUUCUCAAAACAGCAGGCAAAAAAGUUUUUUAAUUGUUGGCACAUGAUACAUUAUUAUUGUUACUUUUUUGUUUUAUUCAUUCUGUUUUCACUGCCAUAAUAUUUUAUUUCCUCUUGAUAUGAGUUGUAUUAUCUUUUGUCACAUUGACAUGGUGCUAUGAACAACAUUUGCUUCAGGAAAUAUUACCUCUGAGAAAUGAGGGAGGCCAAUAGUUAUAUUAUUACCUGCUGUGUUUCUAUUGUAAAUGUCUUAUAGCAAUUGCUUUUAAGGAAAAAAAAUACUUCCCAGUGAUAAGUUAAAUUGCUGUUGUCUGAUUAAAACAUUUUUUAUUGUUUCUAAAUAAAGAAAAAAAAGGUGAAAUGUUCUAUAAUAAAUCUACUUGUACUUUGA